AUGGCGCUGCCCAUGAGGAACACGGUUUUCAGAAUCUUUUGGAGAAAAGGGUUAUCAUGUUGUAGGUUUUCGACUGGAAGCAGUUACUUUCAGCACGAUUUAGUGAGGGUACGCUUCGCCCCAAGUCCUACAGGAUAUCUUCAUUUGGGAUCAUUAAGAACAGCCUUUUACAAUUAUUGCCAAGCGAAAUCCCGCAAAGGAGUCUUUAUUUUGAGGAUAGAAGACACAGAUCAGACCAGGAAAGUUGAGGGAGCAACAGAGAGUAUAAUGGAUGACCUCGACUGGGCAGGAAUACCUCCAGACGAAGGCCCACUGGUAGGAGGCAAUUAUGGACCCUACAUCCAGUCAGAGAGGAAACAUAUUUACCUGGAUGCCAUAGAAACACUGCUCAAGAAAGGUGCUGCCUACCCUUGUUUCUGCUCAGAGAAUCGACUGAAAUUACUGAGGAAAGAAGCUACAAGAAGGAAAGAGAUUCCAAAAUAUGACAACAAAUGUAGAAGUUUAUCAACGGAUGAAAUUGAAGAAAAAAAGUCCCAAGGUAUUCCAUGGGUGGUACGAUUGAGGGUUGAUGACUGGAGCCAGUCGUGGGACGACAAAGUGUAUGGACACAUAGUCAUUAACCAUAAUGAAGGAGAUCCGGUACUGCUGAAGGCAGAUGGGUAUCCCACCUACCACUUUGCAAACGUUGUGGACGAUCAUCACAUGAAGAUUACACAUGUGCUGCGAGGAGAAGAAUGGCAUUCCUCGACCCCUAAACACCUGGCCUUAUACCAGGCCUUCGGCUGGGACCCACCCGCAUUAGCUCACCUUCCUCUCAUAUUGAAUCCAAAUGGGACUAAGUUAUCAAAGCGGCAGGGAGAUAUCGGUGUGGACUAUUUCAAGAGGAAAGGAUACGCUCCAUUGGUGCUGUUAAAUUACCUCACUUUGACAGGAGGGGGGUUCAAAACGUCCGCCACAUAUCCAGUCUGUUUCCCUCUGGAACAGCUCAUACAGAAGUUCCAUUUAAAGAAUGUGACUUCCCAUUCUGGUCGACUAGGCCCACAUAAUUUAGAAAUAUUGAGCAGACAGUAUUUACUGGCAAAGCUUGAGACAAAGGAAGGUGAAAAGGAGCUUGUUCAACAUACUAUAGGGCUGAUCAGAGACCACUACAAAAACAGAUUGUCAGAUGAAGAACUGGGGAAGCAUAUUUAUGAUGAGGAACACAUCUGUUAUGUGCUGAAAUGGGCCUUACCGGAAAGAAUCACAAGGCCUGAGGAUCUCCUUGGAGAACAAUUCAUCUUUCUGUGGGAAAUGCCUGAUAAAACUGAUAUCGCCGACUUCUUAGAAAAGACUGGUGCAGACUGUGGCAUAAUUUUAAACGCUGGCUUGGAAGUUGUUAAAACCAUGGAACAGGUUGACGUUGAAAGUAUUCAUACAGCACUUAUCAAGAAAGCAAAAAGUUCAAAAAUUGGAGUGAACAAGUUUAUGCCGGUGCUGAGAUAUGUCCUGUUUUCUACAGUGGAAGGACCAAGAGUUGGUGAAAUAAUUUCUGCUUUGGGAAGGAAACAAAGUUUGUACCGUCUACAGCGGGCUUUAGACCUCAUUGAUACCAGUGCUGUACAGGGAUAACAGAUGUUAUUGAUACCACAUCUUGAUCAUAUUAACCCGACUCCUGUUCAUCAUAGUUGUUUACGCCUGUAACACUCACUGUGAAGUCGUAAUGCUUCUUGGCUGUUCAUUGACUACAUACAAAUCAUUGUGACGUUGCUCCCAUAGUCAGGAUGGGUACAUUUGCCGUGUGUCUGCAUCCUUUUCUUUAAGAAGCCAUCAUAAUCAAAUUUACUAAAGUGUCUGUCGAUUUCUAGAGUCAUGAUAUUUGCCUUUAAGCUUUCAGUGGUAGAUGGCUAUCAAGUCUGUCCUCAAUUUCAAAGUCACAUGGAGUCAUAUGUGUAAAAUAAACACAAUGACUUCUCAACAGAACUAUAAAGCUGUAUAUAGACAUGCUAUUUGUUCCAGGGAUGAGUGUAGUUGGUCUGGGAUGUCUAGACAACCCUUCUCAUUUCACAUAUAAGAAUAAGAGAAUGAAACCCUCCCUCCCACCACCACCACCACCCACCCCUUAAAAAAGGACUACCAUUUAUCAGCUUUCUAGGAGGUCACAUGGAGUCAAUAUGUAAAACAAAAAUCAAAGCAACUAAUGCAGAACUCUGAGGCUUGGAGAGACAUUUUUUUUGCCUUGUAAGUUGGGUGGAAGAUUACCUUUGAUACAGGUCACAGAUCUGUUAAAUGCAUUAAAGUAACAAAAAAGGGAAGAAAAGAGGGUUAUUUUUUGAGAAUUUGAGUCUUUUUCAUGUUAAGUUUUGAUGAAAAAUAAAAUAUACAAUGACAGUU